AUGCACCCUCUUACUCGCCGCGCCCUCGCUGAUGUCACCACGCCUACCCGCCAGGAACCGCCUGCUGCUGCUGUUGCGCCUUGUGCUUCCACCGCGUCUGCAUUUCGCGCUUGCCACGCCCGACUACACGCGACCUGCAUCCAAAUACACGCGACACCACGUGCCUCACCCCGACCCUCCGCCAAUCACACGCGCCCGCCGCCAAACCACUGUUCGCAUCCUGCACGACUACCUACAUGUACACCACCACCACCCACCAAUCACCGACACUCGACGCAUGCGCAAUUCCUGCGACCGCCCGCUAGUCCUCUUCGCCUGCUAGCUUCAUGUAAGCUGGUCCCGCUCGUGCGGGGGUAUUCGGCACGGAAGAAUACAAGUAGCACCUCAACAUGGCCCACAGAGUAUAAACGACUACACUUGACCGCCUCUUCGCCAACGCCACUGACUCCUGUCCUUUGUACUCUGCUCUUUACACUCGUUCGCUUACCACAAGCCGAGCCGCUACAAGCAUCCCAGUCCCGUUCCCCGCCACUCGUCUCCACGCGGGGAGGCGGUUCAUUCAGAUUUUUUUCAUGCUACCAUCUUUUUGUCCCGGCGCGCGCUGCAGUCACGUCAGGUACAUAUGACACGCCUUGCCAGCGCGGCGUCACAGAUGGCACGUCCUGGUUCGCAACAAGCAAAAGCGUACAGCUUUGUCGUCUAGAACAUACCUUGCCAACGCUGUCAUGCACCUCAGACCAAGGCACCCAUGGCUAA